AUGAGCGGUGGAAUGUAUGCGGGAGACGAGGUCGGGGCUAUUGUCUUCGACGCUGGCUCCCAUUCGUUCCGAUGCGGAUUCGCCGGGGAGGAGUUUCCGACGAGCGACAUUUCUUCUUCAAUUGGCGUCGAUGAAGCAGUUGCAAUGGAGACCGACGACACGUCCAUCACGAAGCGCGAGCGCAAGAUCUACAUCGGGACCACCAAGAAUAUCGUGCCCAGGGCGAAUUGUGAGAUCAAGAACUUCAUGAGCGACGGAAUGAUCGAAGACUGGGACCUUUUCGAAGAAAUGAUGAACUACGCCUACAAGGACGCAUUGCGAACAGACUCCUCGGACCAUCCUGCCCUCUUUUCCGAAAGCGCGUGGAACGACAAGGCGAAACGUGAAAAGCUAACCGAGCUGGCCUUCGAAAAGUACAACGUGCCCGCCUACUUCUUGGUCAACAACGCCGUUCUCGCCGCCUUUGCAAAUGGGCGCACGAGUGGCCUUAUCGUGGACAGUGGCGCUACACAGACCUCCGCUGUGCCGGUUUUUGACGGAUACGCGGUUAAGCAUGCAAUCGUUCGAUGUCCGUUGGGCGGCGAUAUGAUCAGCGAACAGAUCGAAAAGGCCAAGGAGGAAGUGAACGAGGGUGAGCCAGCAAAAUGGACCGAGAAGGCUAACCUGCCAGCCGUUACGGAGAGUUAUGACAAGUUCAUGAGGAAACUGCUCCUCCAAGACAUGGCGGCAUCAGUCCUGCAACUUUGCGAUGUGCCCAUCGACCCGGAAUCCGCCGAAAAGCUGCCCUCCUCCCCAUAUGCUUUCCCGAAUGGUUUCCACAAGUAUUUGCGUGAUGUUGACACCUCCUCGCUCAUGAAUGUCAGCCACCUUGCCUGGAGCUCCUGCGGGAUGUGCGAUGUCGAUAUGCGACCGAGCAUGUACCAAAACGUUCUCGUGACUGGCGGCAACUCGUUGAUUCUUGGAUUCACUGAACGACUCAGCCACGACCUGUCGCAAAAAUGCCCGCCGAGCGCUCGCAUCCGAUUGUCAGCGCCUCCAACUUCUAUGGAGCGUCGCUUCGGCCCCUGGAUCGGCGGCUCAAUUUUGGCCUCCGUGGGCACCUUCCAACAAAUGUGGAUCAGCAAGACCGAGUACGAGGAGAGCGGCCGGUCCAUCGUCGACAAGAAAUGCCCG